AUGCCGGAAUGGUAUCACCACGCGUUGGUGGAAACGGAUCCGCUGAUUCGGUCGUACGGGAUGGUUCAGGACCCGUUGGAGAUGCGGGAAGGCGGGGUGGCGUACUACACCCCACCCCCCGCCGCCCGCGAGGAGGAUCGCCUCACCCACGACGAUGCCUUCGCCGGGGUUUCCGCCUUCGACGAGCUCAAACUCCACCGCCUGGAAUCCGUCCCGGAGCUGGUGGAGGGGUACAAACCCCUUCCGUUGUUUCGCGAGGUGGCGAAAGACGACGGGUUGGAUGGAGGGGGGGAUCCGACCCCGGCGGGCGCGAACGCCCCGAGCGCGUCGUCGAACGGGGAGAAGCGCGUGAAGCGAUCGGAGCGACUUCGUCGGGAACGCCAGGAGCGACUUCGAAAGGCCAAGUUGCAGUACGAUCCCGAUAUUCUUCUCCCGACGUUGCCGUGGGAGACGGACUCGAUUGUGGAUCCCUACCGCGGCGUCGAGGCCGCCGACGCCGUGGAGUUUCACAAGGAAAACUUAGAAAAAACCUGGUUUGUCUACCGCGGCGCCUUCCAGCAGGCGAUCACGGAGUUUGGCAACCUCGCCAAGAUCACCACCGAGGAUCGCUGCGAGCAGCUGCUGUAUGAUACGAUGGAGCGAUUUCGCAAGGGCGAGGUCGGGGAUCAUCCGGCGAUCCCCACGGAGCAGACGGAAGUCUUUUCGUUGAUCUUUGAGGCGCACACGAAGCACUUUUUGGCGGAUUUUUACAAAUACCGCGGGAGCCGUCUGUCGGAGGCGAAUACGGUGAAAGCCGAGGCGGACGCCAUGCUGCGGCGGGCCUCCGCCAAGAGCAAACUUCUGGGGCGGAAUUUUAUGAAUUUCAUCCAAGAAAUGACCGCCUUGGAGCUCGAGAAUGUGCGGCGGAACCCGAUCCAGCGCUACGCCGUGAUGUUGCGCGAUCAGAAGUACGAGCCGUUGGCGAAGCCUUUUCUCGGGUGGGUGGAGCGGGAGCUUCAGGAGUUCAUCCAUGCCGAUUUUCAGAGCCUCGAGCAGCUCGAGACGCAUCGGGAGUUUCUCACGAAACACGUGAACGACGCGAAACGGCGGUGUCCGAUGCGAAUCGAGGGGAUCCCCGACGCGACGCGGGAUGCCACCGUCGAGGCGAUCUUUCUCUGGUGCCGCGGCGCCCUGUACUUUUACGCGGGCAAGCAACUCCUUCGGAUGUUUAUGCGAUUCGCCGAUACCCGGUUUCGCGCCCGCGCCGAGGCGCAUUUCGAGGAUUCCAUCGAAUGGUUCACCAACUACGCGAAGAUGAGCAACGGGGCGGUGCAGAUCCCGAUCCCGGACGCCGAGCCGCCGUAUUCGUACGCGGAGAAGGAUUUUCUCGACGGCGAGCACGCCGUGUUUGCCGAGAUCAGCGGGAAUUUAGACAAAGCCGAGGCGAUCUGGCAUACCGGGAGCUCCCGGCGGUGGUACCCGGUGAUUGACGAGACGGAGUAUAUGUGGUAUAACGAGCGCCGCGGGCGCCUCACGAUCGCCCUGGAUAUCUCCGAUCGUUGCCUGGAAAGUAUGAAUAAAAAAACGCACCCGACGAUUCACCCGUUUCCCGAACGCGCCCGGGUCUUCUUGGAAGGCGCGCCGUUAACCCAGGAAACCGCGGAGCACCUUUGGCUUCGGCAUAUGGGGGAUCUGUAUUGGGAGCACGCGGAGUUUAUGGCGCGUCAAGGCCGCUUCCAAACGAGCCGGACGUAUCGGGAAAAGUGUUUAAAUCUUUACCACCUCGCCCUUCGGACGGCGCGGGAGCGGCUCCCACCCUCGUGGCGGGCGCCGCUUCUCACCGAGGCGAAAUAUCUUCUCCGCGCGUACGAACCCGGCGGCGCCGUCGCGCCGCAUCUCCGCGCGGUCGAGGCGCUCGUCGAGCGACUUUUUCAGGAAAAAGACCGCCCGCAUUGGGUGGAGCCGUUCUCGGAUUUGCCGUUUCGGAUCGCCCUCGUGCAGGGGAAUUUGCCCGCCUAUGGGGAGCUCAUCACGCGGGAGGUCGUCCGCCGGCUGGGGUGGCAGCCUUCGAAUGAAAGGUUGCGGGAGAACAUGGCGAUCCGCGCGCGCGGCGGGGGGACCUUGCCGGAGUUGGAAACCUACUUCGCCACGGCGAACGCGGUCGCGGAGGAGGUUUUCCGUGCGAAGGUCCUGCGUUGGCGCGCGAAGGAGAAGGAAGGGUCCGAUUCCUACCUCUUCUGGACGCAUCUGUACUUCGCCUUUCGCGUUUAUCCGAAGGAUCGGGCCGAGGUGCAGCGGCUGUGGGAUAUGUACGAGCCGGUGUUUUUGUACAUCUACACCCAAUGCGCCCUCUCCGUCGCCGAGCGUGGGCAACGCCUGAUUAACGAUGCGCUCCGGCGCGUUUGUCAGAUCCUUUUGGCCGGCGAUGCCGCGCAGAAAACGACGCUCCACGAGGAGCUCACGAAGGUCCGGGAGAAGAUGUCGCACUUCGUGGAUCGACGCGAGUUGGAUCGCACGAUUAACGCGCUCGAGGCGCAUCGGAUGGACCCUUCCAAACCGACGUAUAUCUACGGAACGGGGCUUCUGCAUCGCGAUAUGGUGCAUCACGAGGGAAUUGCGCGAAACCCUUCGCUGCGCUCGCAGUUAGCGGAAGGGGAUUACGCCGAGAUGCGUCGACGACAGGAGCUCAUCCGCGCGAAUAGCACCACCCUCGAUCCUCACCAAGUCGCGCGGCUGGAGGAGGCGCAAACUAAUAGCAUCGAUGAUCCGUUAACUUCUCAGAGGAAUUCAUCGUUUUAA